UUUUCAUCAUCUACCUGUGUACUUGUGUCGUCGCAGUGGGAAGAAUUCCCACUCCCACGUGAGGUACUAAUGUUGAUUCCGAUCCCAACACCACCCACGCACCCAUUUGGCACGUGCCAUUCCAUCUCAUCCCACCAAUCAUCAACCCUGCCUGCCUCCUGUACCUAUUAUUAUUAAUAUAUUAUUAUUCAAUGGAUGUGUAAGUAGGCACCGGCUACCUUGCUAAAUUUAAAAUUAUGUGCGGAAAAGCAAAUGCAGCAUACAAUGUUAUUAUAAAUAAUACUAUAUUAAUAUAAUACAAAUACAAUAUAUGACCUAAGCACAUAUGUAAUUAUAAACAAAUAUCACAUGAUUUUACUAUUGUGUUAUGUGUAAUAAGAACAUAUGUUUGUAUAUAUUAUGUUCCUAUUCAGCUCUGUAAUUGUUCCGUGUGAGCAAAACUUAAACCCUAGUCCCUAGUCUAGGUCAGUUUUUGGCUGUUGUUCAGGGGCAGGUGUCUUUCUUUGGAUUUUUUUUUUUCUUUAAACAUGGGAAUAUACAACCAUUACUUGUUGAGUGCGCUCUAGGUAAAUUUUCGGCCGAACUUAAUACAUUGCAAAUUAGGUUCGACAAAGCAAAUUACAUUAGGUAAACCAUGUGUUGCAAGUGGACCGUCAGAUUUAAACCAAUAACCUUAAGGUCUAUCUUUGAUUUUGAAUUGAGAGUAUGUUGUUUAAAUUUUGCAUUUAAAGAAUAUUUGCUGCUAUAUAUUAUGAAAAAAAAAAAAUUCAAAUAGUGAUAAAUAUCUAAGAAACUGAGGUGAAUGUGCUCUCUUGUCUUAAUCUUUGUUCCAUUUCAUUUAAUUUCGAGAGAGGGAGAGACAUGCAACUAAACCACUCUCCCUCCGUUCUUGAUUUUCAACAUUGCUUGCUUUGUUCUCUGUUUCUUACAACAUUCAAUUAGGGCCUUAUUGUUCUAUCAGUCACUCCUACUCUGAUCAUGUCUUCCUCACCAUCAUCUGCCCCUCUCCUCAACACCCCCAAAAACCUUUCUUUCUCAGAGGUCAUUCUUGAGAUCAAAAUGCUCUUCUCCAUAGCCCUCCCCUUGAUCCUCACAGGCCUCCUCAUCUACAGCAAGUCCUUCAUCUCCAUGCUCUUCUUGGGCAAGCUCGGCAAAGACGCCCUCGCCGGCGGCUCCCUCGCCAUCGGCAUCGCCAACAUCACCGGCUACUCCGUCAUCUCCGGCCUCGCCUUGGGCAUGGACGCCAUCUCCUCCCAAGCCUUCGGCGCCAAACAAUGGCCCCUCAUCACCCAAACCCUAAUCCGAACCACCGUCACCCUCCUCCUCGCCUCCCUCCCCAUCUCCCUACUAUGGCUCAACAUCCGCCCUGUCCUCCUCUUCUUCGAUCAAGACCCUGCCGUCUCCACUGUCGCCGCCGCCUACCUCGCCUUCGCAGUCCCCGACCUUUUCUUCCACUCCCUCAUCAACCCUCUCAAAAUCUACUUCAGGUCUCAGAAUAUCACUGCCCCUCUUAUGCUCAGCGCUGCCGCCGCCCUCGCCUUCCACGCCCCGGCAAAUUACCUUCUCUCCGGCCUCGGCGUCCGCGGUGUCGCCGUCGCGGCGUCGUUCACCGACAUGAUCCUCCUCGCCGCCCUUGCUGCUCACCUCUGCUUCUGCAGGCUGCCUCCGGCGGCAGCGGCGGCGGUGAAUAUCCUCCGGUGUGGCUUCGACCACGAAUGGAGAUCGGUGCUCAACCUCGCCGUCCCGAGCUGCCUCUCCGUCUGCCUCGAGUGGUGGUGGUACGAGCUCAUGAUCCUCCUGUCGGGGAUCCUCGCCGAUGCGGCGGACGCCGUCGCCGCCAUGGGGAUCCUUCUCCAGGCGACCUCGUUGGUCUACAUCUUCCCCUCCGCCCUCGGCCUGGCAGCGUCGACGCGCGUCGGGAACGAGCUCGGCGCCAACAGGCCGGGGAAGGCUCGGGCGACGGCGCACAUUGCGGUGUCGUGCGCCGUUGCGGCGAGCCUGAUCGCCGCGGCGGUGAUGGUUGCCCUCCGUGCUGCAUGGGGGGCGGCUUUCACCGACGACGAGGCGAUAAUCGCCCUGACCGCCGCCGCCAUGCCGGUGGUCGGGCUGUGCGAGCUCGGGAACUGCCCACAGACCACCGGCUGCGGCGUGCUGAGGGGCAGCGCCAGGCCGGGCCUCGGCGUUCAGAUCAACCUUGGAUCAUUCUACGCCGUUGGAUUGCCGCUGGCUGUGUUUCUUGGGUUUGUGAUGAAAUUGGGCCUAUUGGGCCUGUGGUUGGGCCUUCUGGGGGCCCAAUUGAUUUGUGCUGUUCUGAUGAUUUGGGCCUUGAGGAGGACUGAUUGGAUAUUGCAAGUGAAGAGGGCUAGAGAGUUGAUUGGCAUUGGGGUGCAAUGUCAUGGGGAAGAACGAAAUCAAGUAAGUACCUUGCCAUGAUCAAUCAUUCUCUUACACUUCUCUCUCUCUCUCUCUCUUGAGCAUAUUUGAAUUGAAU